AUGCGCAUAUUGAGUGAGCAACGGAUUUUUUUGUUGCAGGGACGCGGAUUCAAUUCAGGAAUAAUUCUGUUCGAUUUGGACAAGCUACGUGGGCGCGAUUGGAAAAACAAAUGGAGAGCAGUGGCGAAUAAGUAUUUGAAAAUCCACGGAAAGACGACAAUGUCAGACCAGGUGGGUUUGGCUCGAAACGGUAAAAGUUCAGUGUUUUUUUAUAGGACGUUUUCAAUGCUUAUAUCCACGAUUAUCCGGAUGAGAUUAAAACUCUUCCGUGUGAAUACAAUUACCAACUCGGAAGUCUUACGAAAUCGAAGGAACUCUGUGAUGAAACGCCUCUUGGUCUUCACUUCAAUUCCCAAAACAAGACUGUCCGAAGAGGAUACAAGCAGUACAAUGACAAAAGAAAAGAAAUUGAGGGGAUUGAUGGGACAGAACUGCGAAAACGGAGAUCACCGAAAGUGAACUACGUUCGUCGCGAAAGUACAAUCUGUGACGUGUUCUUGCCUUCUGCUGACUUCCGGACCUCUCCGAACGCAUUGGGCCGACUCAACAAAACCGCAGAUCUUUGUCUGAUCACCCAAUUCUCAAUAGAACGUCUGAAACUCUUUUUGGACAACGCCAUUGAAUGGGAUGAAGCCAUUUCCGUCGCUGCAUAUGGAACUGACAAAGAUCUGGUAAGAAGUGAAACGUUAUUUUAUAAUUGAUUGAAUCACCUUAAAGAUGACCAUCAUGAAAGCUGUAAAGGAACUGAAUCGGACGAACAUCGCACUUCAUUUGGUCUACGCGGAUUUAGAGGUAUAAAAAAUGUUCAUGAUGGCUAUCAGUUGCCGUAUUUGUGCUUCAGUCUGUUUAUCCCAUCAACUUCUUACGGAACGUCGCUAUGAAUCACUCAAAUUGCGUUAAUUAUCUUCUGUCCGAUGUUGACUUUACAAUUUUCGGAGGUCCGUCAAAGAGGUAGAACUUUUUGAAAACUACUGUAAAGUUUCAGACCGUAAAAAGCUUCACGAGCAAGUAGCAAACCUGCAGCCAAAGGAAGUUCUUGUGAUUCCAGCUUUUGAAGCCGUCAAAAACGUUUCUGUUGAGAUUCCGCAGAAUAUAACAAAACUGCUGAUUACGGAGCUGAUUCGCAAUGGCACGGUUAGAUGUACGACUAUACUUUUCGAAUAGUUUUUGUGUUUCAGCUUCAUUCGUUUCGCGAGAAGGAAUAUCAAAAUGGUCACAAUGCGACCAAUGUGUCUCGAUGGAUCGAAUCUGACGCCGUCUAUGAGGUAAUCAUAAGAACUUUGUGGAAAUUUUUCAGUGUUACAGGUCGCCUACGAGAAAGACUACGAGCCGUACUUUGUGAUUCGAAAUGAAAACUGUCCACGCUACGACCAAAAAUUUGGCGGGUUUGGGUGGAACAAGGUCACUCAUGUUAUCCAACUGCACAUGAUGGAGUAAGUCGUAAAUCCAAACUAUUUUUGGUCACCGCAUAUAUUCCAGUUUCAAGUUCAAAGUCUCUCCAACCAGCUUCAUGAUCCACAAAGAGCACAGCGUUUCGGAUUCGCUCCUCCUUUGGCGUGAGGAUAUGAAGUACCGUCAAUGUCAAUAUUUCAAUAAGAAAUGGUUCAUAAUGGAAAUUGCCGGAACGAUGAAUUAUACUCAUCAUUUGCGCGAGCAAUGA